AGCGCCCGGCCAGCGCCGAGGGGAGGGGGAGCCGGCCGACAAUGGCGGCGGCCGCCACCGCCGCCAGCCCCGGCAGUCCCGCCGCCGGGCCCCUGCCGCCGGCGGAGCCCUGCCCCAGGAAAGCGCCGCAGCCGCCGCCGCAGCCGCCGCCGCCGGCGCGCAGCGACCCCCGGCGCAGGCAGGCCGCGCUCUCCUUCCUCACCAGCAUCUCCCUCGACGGGCGGCCCCCGCCGCCGGGCAACGACGGCCCCGCCGCCCGGCCCCGCCAGGCGCCGCUGCUUCCGCCGCCGCCGCGGCUGGGCAGCCCCCCGGCGGCGCCCGCAGAGCCCCCGGAGGAGGAAGAAGACGAGGAGGAGGAGGAGGACGCCUUCGCCGCUGUGCAGGUGCCGCCCGCCGCCUUCCUGGGAGCCGCGGCGGCAGGCAGCCGUGGCCGCCUCAACUCCUUCACGGCGGGGGUGCUGCCGGCGCCCUUCGGCCGCACCAGCCCGCAGGGCAUCGCCGGCGGCAGCGGAGAGCUGGGGCAGCCCGGCUCCGCCGCCGCCUUCGAGCUGCAGCGAUCCCGACGUCGGCUGAUCUCCCAGCGAUCUUCUCUGGAGACUCUGGAGGACAUCGAGGAAAAUGCCCCACUGAGGAGAUGUCGGACACUCUCAGGAUCACCCAGACCAAAGAACUUUAAGAAGGUUCAUUUUAUCAAGAACAUGCGGCAACACGAUACCAGAAACGGCAGAAUAGUCCUUAUCAGCAGCAGAAGAUCCUUCUGUAGCAUAUUUUCAGUGCUGCCAUAUCGAGACUGUACCCAAGUCGGGGAUAUGAAGCUGGAUGGUGGACGCCAGUGUCAUUCUACUGGAGUGUGUCUGAAAGAGAUAAUUGGUCUUGAAGGUGUGGAGCUUGGAGCAGAUGGGAAGACGGUUUCUUAUACGCAGUUCCUAUUUCCCACCAAUGCUCUGGCAACACGGAGAAACACGAUAGAUUCCACCUCAUCUUUCUCCCAGUUUCGCAAUGCAAGCCAUCGUAGCCUUUCUUUAGGAAGAGCUAACAGCACCCAGGGGAGCAUUGACGCAGGUAGCGACCUGGGAGACUUUGUUGAAUAUGACCCAAAUCUUUUAGAUGAUCCCCAAUGGCCAUGUGGCAAACAUAAGCGGGUUUUAAUAUUUCCUUCAUAUAUGACCACAGUCAUAGACUACGUGAAGCCAUCAGAUCUCAAGAAGGACAUGAAUGAGACCUUUAAGGAGAAGUUCCCUCACAUCAAGCUAACCCUCAGUAAAAUAAGAAGCUUGAAGAGAGAAAUGCGCAAGCUUGCUCAAGAAGAAUGUGGUUUUGAAGAGCCCACAGUGGCCAUGGCCUUUGUCUACUUUGAGAAGCUCGCUCUCAAGGGGAAGCUGAACAAACAGAAUAGAAAGCUUUGUGCUGGAGCUUGUGUUCUUUUAGCAGCCAAAAUUGGCAGUGACCUCAGAAAACACGAAGUCAAGCAUCUUAUAGAUAAACUGGAAGAGAAGUUCCGGCUGAACAGGCGAGAGCUGAUCGCCUUCGAGUUCCCGGUGCUGGUGGCCUUGGAGUUUGCUCUCCACCUUCCUGAGCACGAAGUGAUGCCUCACUACAGACGCUUGGUGCAGAACUCCUAGCACUGGCUGCCCUGCGGGAAGGGGCUACCGACUGUUCCAGCUUGGCUCUCCUGAGCCUCAGUUACUACUGGAAAUGCAAAAUCAGACUCCUUACACUUCACUCUCUCUCUCUCUCUCCCGAAACAGUUUUUCUGGCAACAUAUAGGAAACACUGCAUCAACGUAAGACUCUCAGCUUUGACAAAUUUAAGUAUCAUUGCUUUCUGAAAGCAAGUGAAGACUGAGCUGUUGGUAAAUGGUUCACAUGCUGAAACUGAGUGGUGACUGACCCUACCUGUAGGGACUACAGCUAUAAAAGUAGGCAAAAUUUAGAAGGGCAGCCUCCAUGACCACCCCUCUCUGCAUCACACAAACCCUGGAAAGCCCACUGAGUGCAUUCUCAUAGUGCUUUUUCUACAGACCUGCUGCAAAUUCCAAGAGGACUUCUUGAAGUGAAAAAGCUUUUAGAAGAUAUCUUCACUGUGUCAAAAAGAAUGUGCCAAUCUAUUUUUGUAUCAGCAAUUGAAAGUGCACUUUUUCCUGUGGGGUGUUUGUGUGUGUAUCUGUGUGUGUGCGCGUGUGCGACACCAAACUGAUCUCAGUCCAGGUGGUUGGCUUAGCUGUUUCCAAGUGUAUCAGUUACUGAUGGUGAAGAUCAAGGUGACCUUACGCAUUUAUUUCUUGAAAAACAUAACUACUGGAAAAGUGGUAAAUGGGAUCAUUUUUGGACACUUGGUUUUUUUAAUUCUCUGAUCUUUCCAAUAUUGUACCUUCGAAAGGAUUACACUGCUACUACUGCGAGAGAAGGAUCAGCAACUGACCUUAAGUUUUCAAUCAUGUUUGUGGUGAAGAUGGAAGCAUUAGUAUAAGAUUUCCAUGUCAUGUUUUUUAAAAAUAUCUUGUGUUAAGCCACAUGCAUAUUUUUAACCUUCGCACUUUUCCCACUGUGGAGAUGGUUAGACUUGCACUCUGUAGUGUUGUAUUUCUGUGCUCUAUGUUAGAGUGCGUAAUAAGCACAUUUAUUGUGCUCUAUCUUAAAACAGUGUUUUAUUAAAAAAAAAAAAAAAAAAAGAGUAGGGCUCAGCAGUAUAACGGGUGUCUUAAGGCUCCAACAGCAGGGGCAUCAGCUGUUAAAGUUUUGGGUUUUUAAUUAGAAUUGACUGUGCAAAACCUAAAAUCUGUGCCCAUUGAAGUUAGAGAUGCAGUUCCUUUAGACAUUUCAGUACUGGAGUUUUACAGUAAAACUUCUUGCAGCUUCCCUGGUUCUGACUGGACACUUGAGGGCUUCAUCCAAGCUCUGAUGCUACAUACACACUAAGCUAGUGCCAUGCUUAUGGACAUUGUUCAAUUGCUGUUAUCAUGUGGGAUUACACCCCUAUCCAAUCUUCUCCUGUGCUGGUUCACUUAACAAGCCUUGCCCUCAACAUGGCCCACAUGGAUCCGCUAAAAUCAAAUUAUUACAUUUGUGGUAAUUAUAUAAAAUAAUGAUCUCAACUGUGAGAUUUUAGCU